AUGGGUAAAUACAGUUGGGCAUACGGCUGGUUAGUCAAUAGAACGUCAACUGCAGGACUCAGCGGGAGAAAAUUACGUAUCGCAGUUACAUUUACCGCUACCAUUGGGUUUUCCCUUUUUGGAUAUGACCAAGGUCUUAUGUCUGGUAUUAUCACCGGUGAACAAUUCAACAAAGAUUUCCCACCAACUCUUGAUAACAAGACUAUUCAAGGUGCAGUUGUUGCAUGUUACGAAUUGGGAUGUUUUUUUGGGGCACUUUUCGCUUUGCUUAGAGCUGAUAGAAUUGGAAGAAAACCAAUCAUUAUUGUUGGUGCAAUUAUUAUUAUUAUUGGUACGAUCAUCUCGGUGACGCCAAUGAGACCUUAUUGGCAAACAGGACAGUUUGUUAUUGGUAGAGUUGUAACCGGGGUAGGUAACGGUAUGAACACAGCUACUAUUCCAGUUUGGCAAUCGGAAAUGUCUAGAGCUGAGAAUAGAGGUAAGUUGGUCAAUAUUGAAGGUGCAGUUAUUGCUAUUGGUACAUGUAUUGCUUAUUGGAUUGAUUUCGGCUUUUCCUAUAUUAACAAUUCAGCACAAUGGAGGUUUCCUACUGCUUUCCAAGUUGUAUUUGCCGCUCUACUUUUAGCUGGCAUUAUUGUUAUGCCAGAAUCACCUCGUUGGUUGAUUGCCCAUGAUCGCAAACCAGAAGCGUAUGAAGUAUUGGGUUAUCUUAACAAUUUGCCACCUGAUGAUGAUGCCAUUGUUGCUGAAGCUAGUACAAUUAUCGACGCUGUUAAUAGAUUCACUAGUGCUCAAACUGGGUUCAAAGAUUUGUUGACAGGAGGAAGAACCCAACAUUUCCAAAGAAUGGUUAUUGGUGCUUCAUCACAAUUUUUCCAACAAUUUACUGGUUGUAAUGCUGCAAUUUACUACUCCACCAUCUUGUUCCAUGAGACUAUUUUCAAUGGAGAUAAGUAUAGGUUAUCGUUGAUCUUGGGAGGUGUCUUUGCUACAAUCUAUGCUUUGGCUACUAUCCCUUCAUUCUUCCUAAUUGACACUGUUGGUAGAAGAAAAUUGUUUUUAGUUGGUGCCAUUGGUCAAGGAUGUUCCUUCAUCAUUUCAUUUGCAUGCUUAGUUAACCCCACUGAAGAAAAUGCUAAAGGUGCCGCUGUUGGUAUCUUUUUAUUCAUUGUGUUUUUUGCAUUCACAAUUUUGCCAUUACCAUGGAUCUACCCACCAGAAAUCAAUCCGUUGAGAACCAGAACUACUGCGUCUGCUGUUUCAACCUGUACUAAUUGGAUCACCAAUUUCGCCGUUGUUAUGUUUACACCCGAAUUUAUCGAAAGAUCCAAUUGGGGUACCUACUUGUUCUUUGCUUGUUUCAACUUCCUUUUCGUUCCAGUCAUCUUCUUUUUCUACCCAGAAACCGCUGGUAGGUCAUUGGAGGAAAUCGAUAUCAUCUUUGCCAAAGCCCAUA